GGUAUGACGAAUUUGACGGCAUGAUAUAACCUUAGUCUCUGUAGACUGCAUGGCCGCUUCACAUGUUACAGCUACAUGCCAACAUAUUCUUGUCGGCCACAUAAAGCUUCAUGGCUGCCCCUGUCCUGUGUCGCUUGAGGCCGAGACUGUGCCAUCUUCCUGGUUUGAGAAAGGGUUUUGCUCAUCGUGUUAUGGGCAAACUUGACAACGAGGUGUUGGAUGAGCAGGAAAGAAGGUCAGAAGAGUCGCAUCCACCAGAUGCUUCUCUCCAUGGAGGCUACAAACUUCAUUACAACCCGUCCUCAUAUCAUCCCUCAGUGGGCAAAUCUAGCCUCCCCCACAGUCAAAGUGUUAAUGGUGGCGAAGAACAGUGUCUCACCACUCUCGCACCUUCCUUCUGGCAACAGAGCAAUCGCUACAGUGUGAGCUCUUCGCGGCAUCUCUCCAGCUCCAAAAACACGUUACUGGACUUGGCGUUCAACAAAGGACCACAAGCGAAAACGGCUCCACCUCCGCAUCACAGAACACCUGUGUCGGCUGAUGUUAACGUUGAUACGCGCGCCUUCAUCAAGUGUCGACCAGACUAUUCAUCAGUCACCCUUGACCUCACCCAGCGGCCUCCUCCCUUAAAUUGGGAACAUGUUGUGCAUCUCCUCCAGAGAGUGAGUGUCCUCAAAGGCAGCAUGAAACCAUCCGAUGUGUGUCGUUUUUUUGUGGAUCUCAGCCAUGUUCAUGCGGACAGUGUGUCAUUAGUGAAAAGCGACCAACGCUUCAUCCUGCUGCUUCGAUACUCAGUAGAGAACAUUCGUCUCUUUUCUCUCACUGAGCUCCUUGAUGUGCUGCGUUCGUUUGUGUGGCUGGAAAUGCCGCAUGGCCACACAGUCCUUGGGCACUUUGAGGAUGAGCUAAGUCGCCGGGCGGGUGAGAUGAGUUUCGACCAGUUGCUGCUCACUGCAGACUUGUGGCGCUUAAUUGGAAGGAAGGUGCCCCAAUUCCUGAAGCACCUUUAUGACUUGGUGCAUUUGAACCUCGGACAAGUGGGGGUUCCUGAGUUGGUCCAUCUGCUGUACAUCAUGGGAGAAGGGAGGCAUUGCCCAAAAGUCCUGAUCCAGUCGAUAGAGCAGCUACUCAUGCACCACUUACACCAUCUACAGCCGGAGGAGGUUGGCAUAUUAUGCUUGGGCCUCUUUAAAUCCCAAACGUCCCUGUCUGAGGCCGCUGUGACUCGUCUUUUUGAUAAGGCGCACUCGCACAUUGAGGACAUGAGUGACUUUGCGAUGGUCAAUGUGCUCAAAUACCUGCGUUUCAGCUACUUGCUUCACAGGGCAUGGAUGCAGGCCAUGACGCACGAGGUGCCACGCCGGGCUAGCAGGAUGAGUGUCACUGGGCUGAUGCACGUGGCCCUGACUUGUUCAGCAUUGCAUUACCGUGACGAUCGCAUCCUUGUUGCAAUCGCAAAGGAAAUUCCAACAUUGGUGUCACAUUGUCGGAGUAAAGACUCUUGCAAGCUGCUGUGGGCCUUCGGCAACUUAGGCUUCCUCCCCGCUCAGAGCCCGAGCUUAUAUCCAAGCCUUACAGAGGCCCUCAGGCAAAGGAAGGCUGAAUUCCAACGCUACCCAGAGCAUCUGCUCACUGGGCUCCUUGGCCUGUCCUUUGUCUCGCAGUUCCCAGAGGAUCUAAUCGCAUUAGCCUUGAGUCCGGACUUUGUCAACUUAGCACUGAAGUCGACGCAGUUGGAGCUGAAAAAAGACUUGUUCACCUUAGAUGGAACCGUGGCCCUGGAGCUGCCGCACUGGACUGGUCCUCGACUGAGCUCCAAACUGAGGAAAGAGGUGACAGAAAUGUUGUGGAAGUUUAUCCAAUCGGAAAUAUGCGAGAAACCGGAGGUGAAGGGGGCGGAGACUGCAUUGCAGGAUUUGCUGGGAGGAGAUGAGUUUGUCUGUAAGCGAACGAUUCUCCCCCACAUGCGAUCCAUCGACCUUGAAGUGCACCUCGACCAAACUGGUCGGCCCAUACCCGUCAACACAGAAUGGCAGACGGCCACAAUAUCUCCUCAGAACAACACUUCUGAAAGCGCUCUAAACCAUUCUUGGGGAAGAAUAAAUGUAGGAGUAAGCGUGACAGAUGAACUUAUAGCACAGCUUACAAAUACUAAAAACUCCCCAGCUCCAACAGUCCCACCUUCUAAAGUUAAAACUCCGUCCGUAGUGGAGCCCGAUGAAAGUGAAGCAUUGUUCAUUACAGGGCUAAACCUGACGACCACCAUCACAGAAAUGCUCGCCAAACAAAGCAUCAAAAAAUCAUCCCAACAGGACUCCAUCGUUAAACUUGCCAUCCAGGUGCCCAGCAGGAACCACUACUGCUACCACUCACAGCAGCUACUGGGCCUCCAGGCCAUGAAGAGGAGGCAGCUGAAGUUGGCAGGGUAUAAGGUUGUAGAGCUUUGUAAUCACGAGUGGGUUCCUUUGUUGAGGAAAAGUAGGACUGACAAGAUGGCCUACCUUCACUGCAAGGUCUACAACAGCCUUGAUAGUUGACCUAGGACAGAUGGGGGACUCAAAAUAAUUGGUUUUGCUACCUUGAUUGUUAAAGUUUAGUUUGAGUAUGUGCUAAGCACUGCAAAAAUGUAUUCUAUUGACUUUUUUUUGUCAGUAUACAUGUAAUGAUGCUGGGAAAAUGACCACCUUGUGAAAUGACAAAACUAUAUGUAAAAUUAAAUAUAUGAUGAUGUCUGAUUUGUUUUUCGUUUUA